AUGAAUUAUUCGGAUGCUGUCGUUGGCACACCUUCCAAGCCUAAUGUAGACGUAAUAACAUUCAUAAAACUACUGAAUGAGUCUGUACAAGGGCUAAAAGUAUCGGACGUAGACGUGAAUUCAGUAACAUCGCUUGACGAAAGAAAUGUAAUCUCAGAUCUCUAUUCCAUGCUUGAAGAAAUCAGCAAACUAACUGACAAACAUGAUCCUGAUCGGUAUAAAGAUUGUAGAUUUGGAAACAGGGCAUUCGGCCUAUGGCUAGAUGAAGUCACUUUGAUGUGCGACGAUCUAUUCAACAAAUAUCGCAUAAACAGCCUAAUUAACUCAGACAAUAACUGCCUUGAAACCCUAAAGAAUCACUUUCUUCAUUCGUUCGGCAAUAACAAGAGGAUAGAUUAUGGAACUGGACACGAACUAGAAUUUGUCUGUUUCUUAAAAGGCUUGUACAACUUAAAUGUGUUUAAAGGCAGUGAUUUGAAGGCACUUGUGUUAAUCGUAGUAAACAGAUACUUUGAACUUGUGAGAGUUUUGCUGGACCGCUACACAUUAGAACCAGCUGGUAGCAAGGGCGCCUGGGGAAUCGAUGACUAUCAGUUCCUUCCAUUCAUUUUCGGAUCUUCCCAGCUCAUGCUAUGCAGCGAAAUUCCACCGUCAAUGAGUGUUGAUUUGGCGUUUGUAAAGCAACAUAGGGACAAUUACAUGUUUAUGAGGGCUAUGGAAUACAAAAUUACGGUUCUAAAAAAUGUGCCACUGGAAAUUGGAUCACCAAUGAUACAUAAUAUAAUAACUUCAUGUACGUGGAACAAGAUUAACCAUGGUCUGCUUCAAUUGUACAUUAACGACGUAGAACGACUGAAUAGUAAGAAUAUCGUGAACACACAAUGCAAUUAA